AUGGGUGAUGUUGAGAAAGGCAAAAAGCUUUUUGUUCAGGACUGUGCCCAGUGCCAUACUGUGGAAAAGGAAGGCAAGCACAAGACUAGGCCAAAUCUCCAUAAUCUAUUGGAGUUAAAGACAGGCCAGACUCCUGGAUUUUCUUACAUGGAUGCCAACAAGAACAAAGGCACCACCUGGGGAGAGGAGGCACUGAUGGAGUGUUUGGAGACUCCCAAGAAGUACAUCCCUGGAACAAAAAUGAUCUUCACUGGCAUUAAGAAGAGUGCAGAAAGGGAAGACUUUUUAGCUUAUCUCAAAAAAGCUACUAAGGAGUAG